UGACCGAGGCCCGGGCCGGAUGGGCGCUGCGGGCCGGGGUGCGGACCGCCGAGCGGCCGUUGUGACAUUGUUCUCUCACCCCAGCUGUGUGGAUAGUGCCACACGCUCGCCACACGACGACGGCUCUUGUACGCAUAUUCCAGUGUUUCUUUUGUCAGAGAAUCCAGCAGAGCCUCAGUUCUUUCAGUGGCAGCCCUGAGCUGAGCGAGGUGUGCCCAGCAGAGAUGGUGAAGAUGACAAAAUCCAAAACUUUCCAAGCUUAUCUGCCUAACUGCCACCGAACAUAUAGCUGUGUCCACUGCAGAGCCCACCUGGCCAAUCACGAUGAGCUGAUCUCCAAGUCCUUUCAGGGAAGUCAGGGACGAGCCUACCUCUUCAAUUCUGUUGUAAACGUGGGCUGUGGCCCUGCAGAGGAGCGUGUCCUUCUCACGGGCUUACACGCUGUUGCAGACAUCUACUGUGAAAACUGCAAAACCACACUUGGGUGGAAAUAUGAACAUGCCUUUGAGAGCAGUCAGAAAUAUAAGGAAGGAAAAUUUAUUAUUGAGCUUGCCCACAUGAUCAAAGACAAUGGUUGGGAGUAAAGUGAAACUUUCUGUUCUCUUUUGAAUACUUUUUUUGUGAGAGAGACUGCAAAUGUAAUGGAAACCUGGGAGCAUCCUGGAUGACAAUGUCCCUUUGAACUCCGGCCUGGCAGGCAGGCCCCUCCCGGCCCUGUCCUGGGUAAGGUGUCCCUCCAGCACGUGCUCCUCGUGUACAUGCUCGUUCCUUCACAAUGCCAAUGACCUUUUUCUAGUCUAAAGUUCUAGACAUAGAAUUAACCCACUGAUGGUCUGUCUCUCUGGUUAAUACCUUCUUUCAAUCUGUGUCUUUAGAUAGAGCUUGACUGCUCUUUCAUGUUCAAGAGCAAACUGAGUUUCUCCAGGCCAUAGGGAUGGGGUGUCUUUAGAGAGCAGGUCUCACCCCUUGUUUAAAGACAUUGUAGCCCACUUAAUGAUUUCCCAAACUACAAGUCGGUUAUUCCUCCUGCAGAUGAACUGUGGAGGCCUAGUGCUCAGUUACCAUCUUCAGCAGCAGUGCAGGGUGGUUUUUCUUAGGUAUUGUUCAAAAACAGAGGACACCACUGAUAACAUUUUAGGAGUUGCAGAGAAAUGUGUCUAACGGAACAUCACGUUUAUUCGAGCCAAGAGCUUCCUUUUUCAGAAAGCAAGAAAUCUAGUUGUUGGGAAAGCCUUGUUCCAUGGGCUUCCGCUCCCCAGGCAGGAAGUGGGGCUUCCGCAUCGCUGGUUAAGUGGCUGAUCUGUGGAGUUGAAGUGCAGUGCUCUGGGCCGAGUAAAAUCAGGUUUCCUUUUUUACUAUGAUGUGCUUGAAGGAAAAUAAUGUUUUUUUGCAUACAAAAGAGGCCAGAAUGAACAGGAAAAACUUCUGAACUUCAGAUUUGCCAGAUUGUUUUCAGAUGUUCUCAGAAAAGGUUAAAGCUACAAGAUGGGGUGAAGCUUCGUAAAGAUAUUUGGUCUGUUCGUCAGGUCACCCCCACCCCACUGUGGGCUGACAUAGGAGGGACCCGAGAGAUCCAAUGCUGUGUCCCCGCACCUAUUUUAAGCUCCAGCCCCCCCCCCCGUGCCUCUCCGUGCGAGUGGGCUCUGUGCAAGCAUUAUAGCCAAUUCACAGAGAAUGAAGACCCGAAAGCAUUCCGAAGUCAGUCUUGGUUUUCAAUGUUUUGACCCAAAGCUGGCCGGUGGGCCUGAUCUGCUGUUCCUAGCGUCUGGGCAGGUGGUUUGUGGUGUGGGAUUCAUGGGACCCUGGCACCGAGAGGCAAGAAAAGGGGCCCGGGAGACAGGGUGAGGCAAGCCAAGCAUCAGAUGUUUCCCAGCCUGACAGGCUGGCUCUGAAGCUGCCCUCAGACUAGUUAGUCCAGUGACUGGGAGAGCUGGCUCCAGACACUGCAUGUCUGUGAUGGGGGGAGGAGUCCCUCAUGAGUCCGUGUCCUGCUGUGCAGGCACUAGGUGCCCCUGACUGGGUCUUGUUCAGCGCUCACCUCAAGCUUCCCAAUGGCACAAUCUCUUUGCCUAAGACUCAAAGCUUUGGAACGUGGGGAAGACCGCUGCCAAGUGGGUGAGGAGACAUCAGUGUGACUUGCACAUGGAGCCCCUGGCACACAUCUUCAGGUUUAAAGGGAAGGAUAUGGUGUAAGCCUCUGCCCUUGCACACACCCCAACAGGUUGCUGCUCCCCUGAGCCAGUGUCCCCAGAUGUAGACUGUCCCCGUGCACUCCCUGUUUGUAAGGUAACGUGCAGCUGUGAACCUCCGGUGCCCUGGCUGCAAGUUGGAAAUCUGAAGACACCUCUCUUGAGUCCUGCUGCUUCAGUCCUUAGGGAAAACCGAAGAACCGAAAGCAGCCUGCCCUGAGUACUCGCCCGAGCACUAGUAAUUGAAAACAUGGCCUGUGAACGUGCACCUUCUGUCGGUUCCUCUGCAAGUUGCAUCUGGAGGCACCCAGACAACCAGAGGGUCAGGCCAUGCCUAGGCACCUUGCGGGGCACCGGGGACAGCAGGCUUGAGCAUUGCACGUAAGCUGAAAAAUCGUCUAGAAUUCUUUUGAUCACUCUUUUGUAUAUACUGAAACUUCUAUUUAAAGCUUUUAUAUGUUCUGGGUAAGUUUACUGCUCCUUUAAUUUGAGCACUUUGGUUUUUGUGUUGUCUCUCGUGAUGGUAUUGAAAUAUUUUUACCAGGUGGUCUACCAACAGAUUUUUAUCACUUUUUUGUUGGCUUUCUGUAAAACCCAAGCUCUUUUUGAAACCAAAUAAACUGAACAUGAGCUGGCAUCAGGGAAUUAUAUUCACAAGACACAACCAGCUGUACUGGUGAAGUGUUGGAAUGCUCCACCCUCAUCAAUUCCUGAAUAAAUAGCAUCCCAUGUCUUAUUUAAAAUGUCUUUUCCUUGAGAAGGGUGGGAGGUGAUGCCAGGAUUAUAAAUGCAUGUAACUGAAAAGUACGUAGUAGCGUCUGAGGCGGGA